AACCCUUUCUUUAAGAGAGAGACUUAACCGCACUGCCGCUUCUCCAUAGUGACGCCGUCGAAUGCCACCACACCCAUACCAUCAUCUUCCUUGAUUUUCUAAGAUGAAGAAUGAGAAGAAAGUUCAACAAUUUCUUUCAAGAAGUGCUAGAAUAGGCAGAAGAAGAAGAAGAAUAAGAAGAAGACGAAAUCAGCAAAAUCUCCAUCUUCCAGAAGAAAUCAUCGAAGAAAUACUAUCAAGAUUGCCGGUGAAAUCACUGUUGAGAUUAAGGUGCGUUUCAAAAUCAUGGGGCUCUUUAAAUGGCAGCGACAGAUUCAUAAAAAAACACCACCAAAAUUCGUUGAACAACCCUUCUUUCCCCCAACAAAGGGUCAUUGUAGAGUCGGAUUUGGUUGAACAACCUCAGUACUGUUCUCUGCUGUCGGUUUUGAGUGGACCAACAAGUACUAUCCCUUUAUCUCCUUUAGCUGAUCCAAUGAAUACUACAUUGACUGAAUAUCGAAUUGUGGGGAGCUGUAAUGGGCUGCUCUGCAUUCUCCAUGACCAAAAUACAAUAUUUCAGUUGUGGAACCCAUCCACUAGAAUCUCCAAGAAACUGCCAGAAAUUUCUAAUCCCAACUCUGGUGUUCGGAAUUUUGGGUUUGGUUGGGUUGAAUCGACUAAUGAGUAUAAGGUGUUUGUGCUUGUGGUUCAUUAUUAUGAUAACUCCAAGGUUGGUAAAGUUUAUAGUUCAAAGACAAAAUCAUGGAAAACAAUUGAGCUCUGCGAUGAUUUAGAUUACUGUUGGCCAGGAGGGGUGUUUGCAGGUGGGAAGCUUUACUGGAAGAACGGACAUGAUAAAGUUAUUAUUUUCUGGGACUUGAAGAGUGAGGUGUUUGGAAGGAUUGAGCUUCCCUUUGAUCAAGAGGUGUAUGGCAUUGUGGGUGUGCUUGGUGGUUUCCUUUGUGUGCUAUGUUUUAAUUAUAAAAUUAGAGGCUUUCGAGUUUGGGUUAUGAAGGAGUCUUGGGAGAAAGUGGUUACUCUUUCUCAUCUUCUUGAGCUUCUUCAACCACCACCAUUGGUGAAAGGUCUAAACGGAGAGAUUUUGGUAAAUUGUGGAUUCAUUUUGUUGGUUUAUGAUUGUCGAGAUAAUGUGUUCCGCAACCUCAAGUAUUGUUCCUGUUGUGAGGAUACUGGGUUCAGCAGCUACGAGGAUUGUGUCAAUCCUUUGUCAUAUCAAGUCUAUGUUGAAAGUUUAGUCUCGCCAGAAGAUUUAUAUUUUGAUAUGGAGAUCGGAAAAUACUGUCUUCAUCAAGAAGUCAUCGAGGAAGAAAUACUGUCAAGAUUGCCGGUGAAAUCACUCUUGAGAUUCAGGCUCAUUACACUGAAGAAUUCGCGUGAUAGGCCUGAGGAAUGUUCUCUGCAGUCAUUGCUGAGUGAACGACCUAUCAGUCGAGAUUCACCUGAUGAUCUAGUGAUUACUACAUUGCUGCCAUUUCAAAUUUGGGGAUGCUAUAAUGGGCUGUUCUGCGUUCUUGAGAAAUCAAGCAAACUACCCUUUGCUGUUGCGGAGAAACCAAGAAAAAUUUACUUGUGGAACCCAUCAACUCGAAGCUCCAAGAAACUGCCAGAAAUUUCUGGUCCAGGCUUUGCUAAGAAUUACGGAUUCGGUUGGGUUGAAUCGAGUGAUGAGUACAAGGUGUUUGUGCUUUUGGUUGGAUUACUGUUGGCGAGGAGGGUGUUUGCAGGUGGGAAGCUUUACUGGAAGAGAAAUGGAUAUGAAGAAUAUAUAAUUUUCUUGGACUUGAAGAGUGAGGAGUUUGGAAGGAUUGAGAUUCCCUUUCAACAAGGGUGGAGAAGUAGAAGUUGGUUGGUGGGUGUGGUAGGUGGUUGCCUUUGCGUGACAUAUUAUAACCAUGGAAGGCCCGUUCAACUUUGGGUUAUGAAGGAGUCUUGGAAGAAAGUGGCGACUCUUGCUCAUCUUGUUCAGCUUCUUCUACCAUUGCCGCUACCAUUGGUGGUGGCUCAAAACAGAGAGAUUUUGGUCAAUUGUGGAUCCACUUUUGUUGGUUUACGAUCGCGGAGAUAAUGCGUUCCGCAGUACUGAGUUUUGUUUCCGUUACCGUACACGUGUCUAC